AUGCCUACUCCGACGAUGUCUCCUCGGGACAGAUCUUCAGCUGAGGUGCUAGUGAAGAAGGGCUCAGACAUAACGGCUCCUGAUGGCCCCCAAACAGAAGGCAUGAUUCGCAUGCCUGCGCUUGUAGAUGUCUCGGAUCAAAUGUUAAUGAUCGCGAAACCGCACACAGCUUCUGCAGUUCAUCACCAUGGGGAAGAGGACACCAUCGUGUUCGCCUCGAAAGGUCACGGUGCCAUUGUGAGUGGACGGAAUGGAGAAAAGAGGCAAGAGCUGGCCCCUGGUGACUUUGCUUUGAUACCUGCGUAUGCCGAGCACCAAGAGGUCAACGAUAGCGAUGAGGAUGUCGUAUGGAUUAUCACUCGUGGUGGCAGAAAUCCGAUAGUACAGAACCUCGAAGGUUGGAGUAAGACGCAUUAA